AUGCUAUUCCCAUGCCUUGACAAGCUCGAGCGCAAGACUGAAGAACUUUCAAAGGCCGCGCCCGAUACUUGCUCGAACAAUCGGGUCAAUUCUCUUGAAGCUGGUCCGGAACCUUCAUACUCGAAGGUUCUCACUGGUUUUGAAACAUAUCAUUCCGGUAAGCCGAUAUUUCUUGACAAUGGAGGAUUCCUCCCCGACUAUGACAUUGCUUACGAAACUUGGGGGACUUUGAAUGCAGACCGGUCAAACAUGAUUCUCAUUCAUACAGGGCUUUCAGCUUCAUCACACGCCAAAUCCCAACCGAAUAACCCUAAACCAGGCUGGUGGGAGAACUUUAUUGGUCCUGGGCUGUACAUUGACACUGAUAAGUACUUUGUUGUGUGCACUAAUGUGUUGGGUGGUUGCUAUGGUAGCACGGGUCCCCUGUCCAAAGAUCCCGCAGAUGGCGAUUACUACGCUACUCGGUUCCCUAUUCUCAGCGUGAACGACAUGGUGAGAGCGCAAAGAGAGCUUAUACGUGACGUAUUUGGUGUCAAAAAACUUCAUGCACUGAUUGGUGCAUCGAUGGGAGGGAUGCAAUCUUUGGCAUUUGCUUGGGAGUUCCCCGAUGAAGUAAACAAGAUUGUAUCGAUUUCGGGUUGUGCAAGAUCGCAUCCUUAUUCGAUUGCGUUGCGCCAUUGCCAGCGACAGGUGUUAAUGUCAGAUCCUAACUGGAAUCGAGGUUUCUAUUACGAUAAUAUUCCCCCUCAUGUAGGUAUGAAGCUUGCUCGCGAGAUUGCUACCGUUACCUACAGGCUGGGACCGGAAUGGGAGUAUCGGUUUGGGAGAGGACGGGCUGAUGAACUGAAGCCACCUGCGCUUUGUCCAGACUUUUUAGUUGAAACCUACCUUGACCAUGCUGGUGAAAAGUUUUCUCUUGAGUAUGAUGCCAACUCUUUAUUGUAUGUGUCCAAAGCCAUGGACAUGUUCGAUUUGGGUUACAAGAAUCGAAUGAGAGCGUACAAAAUGCGUAAUUACGCUGAGGAAAAUUAUCUUUCGCAAAAAUCUAAUACAACUUCGAUUCCUAGUGAGCCGUACCAGGAAACUGUUGGUCGGCAAAUUGAAACUCCAAAGGAGUCUUUGGAGGAUUUGCGCAAGGGAAUGGAAAAGUUAGCUGACUCCAAUUGUCUAGUUGUGGGAGUUGAAUCUGAUAUUUUGUUUCCUGUCUGGCAACAGAGAGAAAUUGCAGACGUCCUUAUGAAAAAUCGAAGAGAGGGCGAUGUUCGCUAUUAUGAGCUUGGGACUGAUAUUAGCAAUUACGGCCAUGACACUUUCUUGUUGAGUAUGGAUCACUUUGGUCCCCACGUUCGUGAAUUCAUCGAGACUUAA